GAUUCCCGAAUUCCCUAUAUAUACGCUUCACUAAUUCAGCCUUGUGCAUACCGGAAAACAAGCUUUUCCCCUCUAUACCAACACAAGUAUAUUUCCACUUCAAAGACAUGCAUCGUUCCGCAGAUUUCCCCAGGCUUAAUGCCCGCAUGAAUUGCAGUAACUGUGGGAAGAAAAGUAAGUGCAAAGGAUGUGUGAGCAAGUGUUUUCCAGUGCCUUUGACUAAAGAACAGGUGAAACGUAUACUUGAGAGCUUUGACAGCAACGGAGAUGGUCGGCUUAGCAAGCAAGAACUCAAGGAUGCGUUCUAUUACAUAGGGUCGCAGUUCCCCAGAUGGCGAGUUGCACAAGCGCUUCAUCGUGCUGAUGGAGAUCAUGAUGGUUACAUAAGCCAAGGCGAGAUGUAUGGUCUUGUUGAAUACGUUUGGCAAUGUGGUUACACUAUUUCCUAACUAGUUAAUCU